GCAGCGGCUGAGAGGUUAGCUACAAAUAAUAAAGGUAAUAGCGAUCCUUGACUGCGUGCUAUACUUUGGGUGCCAGGCCUUGACCCUGGAGAGGCACGUCAUUUGAUCUUCGCUGCGGCCAUAUGGGUAGGACAUCAUGUUCUCUUCAUUUCGCAGAUGAGAAACUGAGGCACAGGGUGUUCAAAUGAGUUGUUCAAGGUCACACAGCCAUUGAGUGGUAGAAGUGCUGAAGGCCCCAGCUCACCCGGAAUGCUGGGGCUAGAUAGAGAGUGGAGACCGCAUCGGAUGGGGCACGCACUCAGAGGAGAGGAGCCUGACUGGCCACAGUGCUUCCUCUGGAGAGGCAGCUCCACGAGGCCGCCCGCCAGAACAACGUCUGCAGGAUGCAGGAGCUGAUUAGGAGGAGGGUUAACACCAGGGCCAGAAACCACGUGGGCAGGGUGGCCCUGCACUGGGCUGCAGGUGCAGGGCACGAGCAGGCUGUGCGUCUGCUUCUGGAGCACGAGGCUGCUGUGGACGAGGAGGAUGCGGUAGGGGCCCUCACAGAGGCACGUCUGUGUUUUGGGAUGAACGCGCUUCUCCUGUCUGCCUGGUUCGGCCACUUACGAAUCCUCCAGAUCUUGGUAAACUCAGGGGCCAAGAUCCACUGUGAGAGCAAGGAUGGCCUGACCUUACUGCACUGCGCAGCCCAAAAAGGCCAUGUGCCUGUGCUGGCGUUCAUAAUGGAGGACCUGGAGGAUGUGGCCCUGGACCACGUAGACAAGCUGGGGAGGACGGCGUUUCACAGGGCAGCUGAGCACGGGCAGCUGGAUGCUCUGGACUUCCUCGUGGGCUCUGGCUGCGACCACAGUGUCAAAGACAAGGAGCCCUUUUUCCUGCAGGAGGGGAACACGGCCCUUCAUCUGGCUGCUGGUCGGGGCCACAUGGCUGUGCUGCAGCGACUUGUGGACAUCGGGCUGGACCUGGAGGAGCAGAAUGCGGAAGGUCUGACUGCCCUGCAUGCAGCUGCUGGAGGGUCCCACCCUGACUGUGUGCAGCUCCUCCUCAGGGCUGGGAGCACCGUGAACGCCCUCACCCAGAAAAACCUGAGCUGCCUUCACUAUGCAGCCCUCAGUGGCUCGGAGGAUGUGUCUCGGGUCCUCAUCCACGCAGGAGGCUGCACCAACGUGGUUGAUCAUCAGGGUGCCUCUCCUCUGCACCUCGCUGUGAGGCACAACUUCCCUGCCUUGGUCCGGCUCCUCAUCAACUCUGACAGUGACUUGAAUGCCAUGGACAAUAGGCAGCAGACGCCCCUUCACCUGGCUGCAGAGCACGCCUGGCAGGACAUAGCAGAGAUGCUCCUCAUUGCUGGGGUUGACUUAAACCUGAGAGAUAAGCAGGGAAAAACCGCCCUGGCAGUGGCCGCCCGCAGCAACCAUGUCAGCCUGGUGGACAUGAUCAUAAAAGCUGAUCGUUUCUACAGAUGGGAGAAGGACCACCCCAGUGACCCCUCUGGGAAGAGCUUGUCCUUUAAGCAGGACCAUCGGCAGGAAACACUGCAGCUCCGUUCUGUGCUGUGGCGGCUGGCCUCCAGGUAUCUGCAGCCCCGUGAGUGGAAGAAGCUGGCAUAUUCCUGGGAGUUCACGGAGGCGCAUGUCUACGCCAUCGAGCAACAGUGGACAGGCACCAGGAGCUAUCAGGAGCACGGCCACCGAAUGCUGCUCAUUUGGCUGCAUGGCGUGGCUACGGCUGGUGAGAACCCCAGCAAAGCGUUGUUCGAGGGCCUCGUGGCCAUUGGCAGGAGGGACCUGGCUGGUAAGAGCGUACUCUGCUGGGCUUCUUCUCAGGAGCUGGGUGGCCCCCACUGGAAUGCAGCAGGGCCCUCCAAGGGCUGCUCAGACAAGAAUGCUGUGAUGCUGGCUCUAGGCCUUCCAGAUUCCUACCCCUAGCCCUGCCCUCUUUUCCCUUGGGCAAACUGCAGUGUCUCCUGGCCCUGGUUUCCCCAUCUGUGCAAUGAGGGUGUUGGCCCAAACUGAACCCUGUGACCUUCACAGCCCCGGAGCCAGUGAUGCUGUCCAUAAUCUCUUCCUUACCAGCCCUCUAUACCUUGACAUUUUUUUUCCAUUUUAGAAUAAGCCUGGAACCACCUUCAGACUUCUUUUUUCACAAACAUUAAGACAUAGGAGCCAAAACUGACUUAAUAUGAGUUGAACCAGUCAAAUCUGGUCAAAUAAACCUUCUGAGGUCAUCACAACUUAUUUGAGUAUGCCAAUCUCAAAAGCCUGAUUUGGGAUUCAGAGUGUUCUGUGGAAUCAUCAGACAAGCAGGAUAGAAGGUUCUAAUACUAAUCCCUCGUUAAAAACAAAAUCAGCUCAUGAUGAAAAAGCCUUAAACGCUGUGAUACCCACUGACGUGGUACAUAAUGGGGCAACCAGAAUGGGGCACUAGGCAGUCACUGAUAGUUGUGAAGGCUCCAUUAGUUAUGAGGCAACAAAGAAAACCACUCCUGACGUAUUUCUAGUAUAUUGUUGAGGGAAAUGUUUCCAGCAUAUUAUUGAGGGAAAAAAGGAAAGGACCCCCCACCCCAUAGCUGCUAUAGGCAAGGUGGAAAAGCUAAGAGUCAUUUCAGGGUAGAGGGAUUAGGGACGCUACCUUUCUUUCCCCAAAAUGUUCUUAAAUAUAGUUGUUACAUCUUUUAACACAAACUGUGGCAGGCAAUUAAAACAUAAAACCAGUCCUGUGAGGCAGAGCUUAGGCAACAGAGGAAGUAAGAUUCUUGUUUUUAACAGAAAAUAUCAGGAAGAAAGCAAACGCAGCCCCAAGUGCCCCCAGGAGGUGCACAGCCAUGUAACCGGAGGGGCCAGACCUUCAGGCACGAGGGACCUCAGCGUGUGGAGCCACCUGAACAGAAGAUGACCAUCAUUUAAGGGCUUUUUAAAAUAUCACUGUUAACAAACCUCCAAGUGAUUCUACUGAAAUGCACAGUCAUGCAGAGCCCAGGAGGCAAAUGUUUGUACAGUGAUCUUUUUCAUGAGGAUGGGUCCAAGGGCCUGUUUCAAGUUUUGUGGGUAAUCCCGUCCCACAGGUAUGGUCCUUUGGAGCUCUUGGCACACUUUCUUCUUCUUUUUUUUUUUUUUUUUUUUGGUUUGAUACGGAGUCUCACUCUGUCACCAGGCUAGAGUGCACUGGCACUAUCUCAGCUCACUGCAACCUCCGCCUCCCAUGUUCAAGUGAUUCUCCUGCCUCAGCCUCCUGAGUAGCUGGGAUUACAGGCAUGCACCACCACACCCAGCUAAUGUUUUGUAUUUUCAGUAGAGACGGGGUUUCACUGUGUUAGCCAGGAUGGUCUCGAUCUCCUGACCUUGUAAUCUUCCCCAGGGAUGGGGCAUUCCAUCUUCUGCCCUGUCUGGCAGAGUAGCCGCUUGCCACCUGAGGCUGUCGUGCACCUGAAAUGUUGGCUAGAGGGACUGAGAAGCUGAAAUUUCUUAUUUCUCAUUAUUUGAAAUUGCAGGCACCCGUGGCAAGUGGCAUCCAUGGUGCUUGGCUUUGAGGUGCCAGGCCAGUACAGCUUGUUGUGGGGCUUGGCUGUACCAGCAGGGGGAUGUGUUUCUGAGGAAAUGUGGCUCUGGAAGCUUCAUGGUUUCCCAGAAUGUGGAAAAUAUAUCUGUGCAGGAUAGAAAUCCUGCCCAGAGGCUGUUUCUGUCUCAUUUGAGCUCUCUUUCAUGUGGCAGAGCUGGCUGUGGCCAGUUUAGGAGCCUACAUUUUAGAAAAGCUUACCUCAAAGUUCUGCAUUGAGCCUGAGACUGGAAAGGAGAUAAAAUAAAACAGCUGACAGGAGCUUUGGCAGUCACACAUGCCUGAUGGGGUGCACAGGGCCACAAUCUCUGAAAGGCAAUUUGGCAUUGUCUGUCCACAAUAUACUUUUAUCCAUUGGUCCAGCAAUCCUACUUAGAGGAAUUUUUCCUACAUAUAAACCUGUAUGCAUACAAAAUGACAGACAUACAAGGUUAUUACUUUGAAAAAGCAAAAGAUUGGAAACAAACCAAGUGACUGGCUACAGGGGACUGGUGAAAUAGAGUAUGUUCCAUCCACACAAUGGAGUUCUGUUCAGCAGUGAAAAAAGGAUGAGGGUGCUUUCCAAGUGUUGUUAUGGAAAGAGCUCCAGGAUAAAUUAAGUGGAAAAAAACCCCAAGAUACAGGUACAUUAAACCGAAGGAAAUUGGUUCAGAGGAUAUCUGCACUAUUUUUAGAGAAAAAGCUUCCUUUCUCUCUUCACCUUUUGCAGGUGAUGUAUUUUUUUCUUUGGAUUCCUUUUUUUUUUUUUUUUGAAACAGUUUAGCUUGGCCGGGCGCGGUGGCUCAUGCCUGUAAUCCCAGCACUUUGGGAGGCCGAGGCGGGCAGAUCACGAGGUCAGGAGAGCGAGACCAUCCUGGCUAACACGGUGAAACCCCGUCCCUACUAAAAAUACAAAAAAUUAGCCGGGCGUGGUGGCGGGCGCCUGUAGUCCCAGCUACUCCAGAGGCUGAGGUAGGAGAAUGGCGUGAACCUGGGAGGCGGAGCUUGCAGUGAGCCGAGAUUGCACCACUGCACUCCAGCCUGGGCGACAGAGCAAGACUCUGUCUCAAAAAAAAAAAAAAAAAGAAACAGAGUUUCGCGCUUGUUGCCCUGUCUGGAGUGCAGUGGCGUGAUCUUGGCUCACUGCAACCUCCGUCUCUUGGGUUCAAGCAAUUCUUCUGCCUCAGCCUCCAGAGUAGCUGGGAUUACGGGCAUGCACCAUCAUGCCCGGCUAAUUUUUGUAUUUUUAGUAGACAGGUUUCACCAUGUUGGUGAGGCUGGUCUUGAACUCCUGAUCUAAGGUGACCCAUCUGCUUCAGCCUCCCAAAUUGCUGGGAUUACAGGCAUGAGCCACGGAGCCCAGCCAUCUUUGGAUUUUUAAAACUUAAGAAAAAUUCUAAAACAUAUUUGUGAUCUAUUACGUUAUGAGACAUGAUAGGGAAAAAACAGACAACUUUACCUACCACUAAGUUAUAUUUAAUAAGCAUUCUUUUGUUUCCUAACAUAUAUGUUGUGAGCUAAAUGUAUGCUCUUACUCAAUCUUUCUGAGAUACACUUUAAGGGUGAAAAUUGUUUUGUUUUGUUUUUUGAGACAGAGUCUCGCUCUCUCACCCAGGCUGGAGUACAAUGGCAAUAUCUGAGCUCAUGGCAACCUCCGCCUCCCGGGUUCAAAUGAUUCUCGUGCCUCAGCCUCCCGAGUAGCUGGGAUUACAGGCGCGGGCCAUCACACCCGGCUAAUUUUUGUAUUUUUAGUAGAGAUGGGGUUUGGCCAUGUUGGCCAGGCUGGAAAACUGAAACAUAAUUUCACAAUUAUUCCUUUUUCCACUUUAAGUAAUAAGAGUAGAAUAAUUUCUGUGUUUUUAUCUUAUACACAUGAAUAAAUGCUAUGGCUUAUCACAGUUACAAUGUGUUUUCUGAAAGUAAAGAUUAUUUUACCUUGAAAUUACAAAAAUUAUUUUCAGUUUUCCAAAAUUCUAUCUUUAAACCUAAAUAAUUCAAUUUCAUGGAUGCACAAAUGUUUAUUGAGAGUCUCAUGUUCAUACUUUUCUUCACAGUACUAUAAAGUUGGACUUGGAAAAUUUGGACAGCCAUUUGCCAUUGUAAUUUUUAUUUUUUCUCCUGAUUAUUUGACAAAACUUGUAUCCACAUUGUAGUUGUUCAUGUGUCUGCUUCUAUUGCAUAUUGUAAAAUUAUUAACUACUUCCCAAAAUAGUAUUUCUCUCAGCAGAUAUUUCUUUGGUACUACCAUGUAUUGUGUAACUUUUGGAAAAGUAAGGUGGCUUCCCUGCUCUCAGUGAAGCAUUUUAUUAAAAGAAUAAUUAUAAUUAAAAAAAGAUACAGAUCAGUGCAUAUAGUAUAUUACUAAUAGUAUGCUGUUAAUUGUGUAAGAAAGAAAGGAAAUUAGAAAACAUAUUUGCAUAAAUAAAAGCUAGGCAAAGGCUAAGAAAUUAAUCAGGUGGUUUCCCUGGGGUAGUAGGAUAAUGAGGAACAGUGGGGCUGGGACGGGGUGGGAGAGAGUUCUCAGUGGUUCCUUUCUAUACUGUUUUAACUUUUGAAAUGUGUGAGAGUGUUACUUACUGAAAACUGAAAGGAUAUGACAUUCUGGAACAGGCAAAACUACAAAGACAGUAAAAAGAUCAGUGAUUUCCAGGAGCUGCAGGGGCAGCGAGAGGAAGGGAGGGAUGAGGAGGUGGAGCGCAGGGGAUGUUAGAGCAGUGAAAGGUUCUGUAUGAUACUGUGAUGGUGGGUACGUGACAUUGGGCAUUGGUCAAAACCCAUAGCAUGUACAGCACAAAACGUGAGCUCUAAUGUGAGCUAUGGACUUUAGUUAAUAGUAACGUGUCAAUAUUGGUUCAUCAGUUGUAUCAAAUGUACCACACUGAUGCCAGAUGUUAAUAAUCAGGAAACUGUGUGUGGUGAAGAGUACAUGGGAGCUCUCUGUGCUAUCUGCUCAAUUUUUCUCUAAACCUAAAACUGUUCUAAAAUAGAAAGUCUGGGAAAAAAACAAAAGUAAAGUUAUAAAAGGAAAAGAAAACAAGCUUUAAAUUCAGUCAUCCAUUCCAUUUGGGAAAGGUAUUUUGUACUACACAGGACUGAAAUCAUUUCUCUGGAUGAAUUUUAUAAAAUGAAUUUUGUAAUUUUUUUCUGAGACAAAAAAGUUCUUAAAUACAAUAAAAUUGAAAUGUUGAAAUAUA